CUCAGGGUUGGGGUUUAGUAUAGCCGGUGGUACAGAUAACCCUCACAUCGGCGAUGAUCCUGGGAUCUUCAUCACAAAGAUCAUCCCUGGAGGAGCGGCAGCUGAAGAUGGCAGACUCAGAGUGAAUGACUGUAUUUUGCGUGUAAACGACGCAGAUGUCUCGGAGGUGUCUCACAGUAAGGCGGUGGAGGCUCUGAAAGCGGCCGGAUCGAUUGUGAGGCUCUACGUGCGCAGGAGGAGACCAAUGCUGGAAACCGUCACCGAAAUCAAACUCAUAAAAGGACCAAAAGGGCUCGGCUUCAGCAUUGCAGGCGGUGUGGGAAACCAGCACAUCCCGGGCGAUAACAGCAUUUAUGUCACUAAAAUCAUUGAUGGAGGAGCUGCGCAGAAAGACGGACGGUUGCAAGUUGGAGACAGACUGCUUAUGGUGAAUAACUACACUCUAGAAGAGGUGACCCAUGAAGAAGCAGUGGCCAUAUUGAAGAACACGUCGGAUGUUGUAUACCUAAAGGUUGGGAAACCCACUAGUGUCUAUCUCUCAGACCCCUAUGGGCCGCCUGAUAUCACACACUCAUUCUCACCCGCUAUGGAAAAUCAUAUCUCUUCCCCCGGUAAUAAUGGCACUCUGGAAUAUAAGUCCAGUCUUCCGCCCAUCUCCCCCGGCCGAUAUUCCCCCCUGCCCAAGCACUUGCUGGGGGAAGAGGACAUUAACAGGUUGGAUGGUUUUUCCUUCCUACGAAACCCCUCGUUAGAUGAGAUGGAAGGUCACAGGUUUGAUUCCCAGCACUUCCAGUUGAGGCCUCCAGAGCCAGUUUACAGCACUGUGAACAAACUGAGUGACCGCGCCCCCUCUCCCCGUCUCUACUCCCCCGUGGAGUUUGAUAAAAGCCCCAUGCACUCAAUCCCCCACUUCCCUCACUAUCACGUAGGCCUGCUCCCUGACUCCGAGAUCACCAGGGAGCCCAGGAAGAUUGUUCUGCACAAGGGCUCAACCGGACUGGGCUUCAACAUCGUAGGAGGAGAAGAUGGAGAAGGCAUUUUCGUUUCUUUCAUACUCGCAGGAGGGCCUGCAGACCUCAGCGGAGAGCUGCGGAGAGGGGACCAGAUCCUGUCCGUAAAUGGAAUCGAUCUGCGAGGUGCCACUCACGAACAAGCUGCAGCUGCGUUGAAAGGAGCGGGUCAGACGGUAACCAUCAUCGCCCAAUACCGGCCCGAGGAAUACGGGCGUUUCGAGGCCAAGAUUCAUGACUUACGAGAGCAGAUGAUGAACCACAGCAUGAGUUCUGGAUCCGGAUCCCUCAGAACCAAUCAAAAACGCUCACUCUAUGUCAGGGCUCUGUUUGACUAUGAGAGGGCGAAGGAUAGUGGUCUGCCCAGUCAGGGGCUCAGUUUCCGAUACGGAGACAUCCUCCAUGUCAUCAAUGCAUCUGAUGAUGAGUGGUGGCAGGCCAGGAGAGUGACGCCCGAAGGGGACAGUGAGGAGAUGGGCGUCAUACCCAGCAAGAGGAGGGUGGAGAGAAAAGAGAGAGCUCGUCUGAAGACGGUUAAAUUCAACGCAAAGCCCGGUAGCCUCGAUUCUAAAGGGUCAUUCAGUGAAAAACGUAGAAAGAACUUCAUCUUUUCACGCAAGUUCCCUUUCUACAAGAACAAGGACGCCGACGAGCAAGACGGCAGUGACUCGGAGCGGAGUCAAGAGGAACUGAUCCUCUCGUAUGAGCCCGUCAUCAGACAAGAGAUUAAUUAUGCCAGACCGGUUAUAAUCUUGGGGCCCAUGAAGGACAGAAUCAACGAUGACCUCAUUUCCGAGUUCCCGGACAAGUUUGGGUCAUGUGUGCCACAUACUACCAGACCAAAGCGGGAUUACGAAGUGGAUGGGAGAGAUUAUCACUUCGUGAUCUCACGAGAGCAGAUGGAGAAAGACAUCCAAGAGCACAAGUUCAUCGAGGCUGGACAGUACAAUGACAAUCUGUAUGGAACCAGUGUGCAGUCUGUCAAAUACGUGGCUGAGAGGGGAAAGCACUGCAUACUUGACGUGUCUGGGAAUGCUAUAAAACGACUACAAGUAGCACAACUCUACCCCAUUGCCAUCUUUAUAAAGCCUAGAUCCAUUGAGUCCUUAAUGGAGAUGAAUAAGAGGUUGACGGAGGAACAGGCCAAAAAGACGUACGACCGUGCCAUGAAACUGGAGCAGGAGUUCGGCGAAUACUUUACAGCGCUGGUUCAAGGAGACACACUAGAGGACAUUUAUAACCAGUGUAAGAUGGUGAUAGAGGAACAGUCUGGACCUUACAUCUGGAUUCCCUCAAAAGAAAAACUAUAAAAAAUCACCUUACCCUGGCAGGGACAUUGGACUGGGAAAAAACACACAUAGGAAUAAUUUGUAAUAUAAUAUAAAUUAUUAUUAUGGCAAUGUUUAUUGUUAACUCUUACAGUGAUUUUUUUCCGUUCGUUUGUUCGUUUGUUUAUUUUACGUUGCAUUUUUCACUUUCAAUAUGAAUGUUCCUGAAUGUACACCACAAAGUGUUAGAAGCAUUUUUGGUCUCAACAAAAAAAGUGGACUCUUCGUUUGUAUAUUUAUUGGUUAGCUUUUUAAUUUAAGGAAAAAAAACUGAACAAAAUUUAGCGCUGAGUAUUAUUUUUCAAACAAUCUUCGAUUGGGAUUUCGAGCAGAUGGUCAAAGAAGUAGGUCAGAUCAUCCAAGAUGAUUUCCACACACCAUCAUCACCUCCAAGAAGAAAAAAAAAAUCCAUGUUGAUAUCAGCUUUCUUCACUUUUCACCCAAACGGUUGGUUUCACACACCUCCCAGACUCAUUUCACAAACUCAGCAUCUAUGCACUCCCGUGGCUAACAACACACACACUGAUUGUGUUAUUUUUUUCGUUGUAUUAUUUUGUUUUUGUACAGACAUCCACUUGGUUGGAGAAUUUAGUUCCAAUUGUACAUUAUUUCAGAAAAGAAUCUUGCUAUAGUGUAAAUGGAUAAGGGGAUUUGACUAGCUGUAGGAAAUAUGACACUAUAUUUUGCUAUUUAUAUUGAUAGAGAACACAACAGCACAGAAAAUAUUUAUAAAGAUGAUAUAUAUAUAUAUAUAUAUAUAUAUAUAUAUAAUAUAUAUA